AUGGGUGAGAAUAAUAAUGAUAAUGAUAAUAAUAAUAAUAAUGAUAAUAUCAAUAAUGAUAAUGAUAUAUAUCCUGUCAUUAACAACAACAACAACAGCAACAAUUACAACAACAGCAACAACAGUAGCAGCAACAACAACAACAUAAAGACCAACAAUGAUAGUAAUAAUAGCAACAAUUACAGUAGCAACAACAACAACAAAAACAAUAAUAAUAAUAAUAAUAAUAAUAAUAACAAUAACAAUAAUAAUUCACCAUCAGGCGCCGAACCGGACAGAAGCUCACACGUUAAAAGAAUUAAAUGGAAAAAUGAUGACCAUGAUGAUGAUGAUGACGAAGACGACGACGAUGAUGAUGAUGGUGGUGAUGAUGGUGAUGGUAAUAAUAAUGAUGAUAGUGAUGAUGAUGAUGGUAAUGAUGAUGAUGAUGAUGGUGGUGUGAAAAGCAACUUCAGCAGCGAUAUAUACUGCACUUGCUGUCGUUGUCCGAUGUGUUUGACGCACGCUAAAAAUAGUAACGGAUGUGACGUCAUUAAUAACAACGACAUAAACAACAAUAUAAACAGCAACAUAGACAACAACAACUACAACAACAGUGGUGGUAACACUAUUGAGAAAGACACCAACGUUACUGACAUCAGCAAUAGACUGAAUCCCAUAGACAGCGCAAACAACAACAACAACAACAAUAGAAACGGCAAUCACGGUGACGUCAUCAACAACAACAACGUCAACAACAUCAACAACAGCAACAUCAACAACAACAACAUCUACAACAACAACAACAAUAACAUCAAUAACAACAAUCAGCACAGCCACACUCAAAGCUCCAAUACCAGCUUCAGUAACGACAAGAAAACAAACAACAGCAUAGACAAUUACGACAAAAACAUAAACAUAGAAAACAUAGAUAAUGAAAUCAUAGAUAAUGAAAACACAGACAAUAAAAUCAUAGAUAAUAAAUGCCUAGACGAUGAAAAAGUAGACAGACGACAAAAAAUUAAGGCAAUGGAAGUAGAGCUAAUAUCAGUACUUACGCCAAUGGAGCGUAUAAUGACAAGCCCACACAAGAACAUCAAUUACAUCAACAACAACAACAACUACUACUACUACAUUUUUAUCCACGGCUACAUCAACUACACCAGCAACAACCGCAACCACAAUUACAUCAGCAACAACAUUAUCAACAACAACAUCAACAACAACAACAUCAACAACAACAACAACAUCAACAACAACAACUACUACAAUAUUAUCAUCAACAACAUCUUCAUCAACAACAACGCCAGCAACAACAUCGGCAACAACAACAACAACAACAACAACAUCAACUUUCAAAUAUUCUUCGACCACCCGCCAUUCGUUCCAAGCACACUUCCGCUUAUAUUUCCACAUCUCUACAUCAUCAUCACCAUAACCAUCGUGAAACAAGUUAACAGCUUCAAUUAUCUCGGAAGUCUGAUUACCUCAGGUUGUAAAUGUGAUAUGGAUAUCAAAAGAAGGAUAGCUAUGGCGAAAGAUGCAUAUUCUAAAAUGAAAAACUUCCUCACCAGGGAGAAUAGAUUAAAAUUCGUGAAGUCGUUGUGGGUCACUUGUUGA